AUGCACUUUAGAAAAAGAAUCCUCCACUUGCUUUAGUGCCUGCCAAACUCCCAACUUUUUAAUUUCCUCGUUGCUUUUUCUUGUGAUCACGUUUAAAACAAAAUCACCAAAUUGCUUCUUCAUUUCACAUCUAGCUGAGAAUCAUAAUAUGGCUUUCAUCAAUAACAAAUCCAAGAAGCAACCAAUUCCUUCUUCUCAAUUCAUGAGUAUCAGAACUAUCCUCUUGCUCAUUCUUCUCUUUACAAUUCUAGCUCUUUCCUUUGUCCUACAAACCCCUAAUUCCCCCGACUCAUGCAUACCCUCAUCUUCCUCCGCCACUCAAACAAGCCCUUUUUCUGGGGAUCUCCGUUAUGCUCGAUUCGCUUGGAACCGGCUGCCGCUAGUCGAUGAUCGUCCACCUCCGACAAUACUCAAAAUUGCUGUUUUCUCUCGAAAAUGGCCUUUUAGCUCUGCCCCGGGUGGUAUGGAACGCCAUGCGCUAACUUUAUACACAGCUCUUGCUCGUCGUGGUCACAAUAUUCAUGUUUACACUUCACCUCCUUCAACUAAAACUGACCGUCUCAGUGCAAGUCCGACGUCUUCCCCACAAAUUCAUUUCCACGAAGGAGAAAAGGGACAAUGGCAUUACAACCUAGCAUGGGCUCAAUUCGACGCUGAAAAUAGGCGUGAGCCGUUUGAUGUCGUCCACUCUGAGAGCGUGGCACUUCCUCAUUGGCUAGCACGCGAGCUUCCGAACUUAGCCGUGUCAUGGCACGGUAUUGCCCUGGAAAGUGUACAAUCAAGUAUUUACCAAGAUUUGACCAGGAAGGAAGAUGAACCCAUGUCAAGUUCUUUUAAUCAGAGUAUGUAUGGAGUGAUUCCUAAAGUUCUGAAGGAAAUUAGAUUCUUUAAAAACUAUGCAAAUCAUGUUGCUAUUAGUGAUAGUUGUGGAGAGAUGUUAAGAGAUGUUUAUCAAAUACCAAACAAUAGAGUUCAUGUGAUUUUAAAUGGAGUUGAUGAAGAUGACUUCGUGUAUGAUAUGAAGUUAGGAAAACAAUUCAGGGAUAAAGUUGGUGUCCCACAAAAUGCAAGUUUAGUACUUGGAAUUGCAGGAAGAUUGGUAAAAGACAAGGGUCAUCCUCUACUUCAUGAAGCCUUCUACAGGUUGCUCACUAAGCGUCGAGACGUCUACUUGAUUGUCGCUGGAUCCGGACCGUGGGAAGGAAGAUACAGAGAUCUGGGUCCUCAAGUUAUCGUCUUAGGGUCGAUGAAACCAAGCGAAUUACGAGGUUUUUAUAAUUCAAUUGAUGUUUUUGUAAAUCCUACUUUACGACCUCAAGGACUUGAUCUGACGUUGAUGGAAGCUAUGUUAAGUGGAAAACCAAUUCUAGCAUCAAGAUUUCCGAGUAUUAAAGGAACAAUAGUUGUUGAUGAUGAAUUUGGCUUUAUGUUUUCGCCAAAUGUUGAGUCACUGUUAGAAUCGAUAGAAAUUGUGGUGAAAGAAGGAAAAGAAAGACUAGCCAGAAGAGGAAAAGCAUGUAUGAAGUACGCCCGUGCUAUGUUCACUGCUAGGAAAAUGGCAUUAACUUACGAGAGAAUGUUCCUUUGCAUGAAAAAUGUGGCAUUUUGUCAAUACCCUUUAAAAUCAGACUAGAGAAAAUGGAAUGCAUAUGGGAUGUUAAAACAUGCGCUAAACAGGUUUUGUAUUACUUACUCUAGGUUGGAUAUCACUUAAUUUGUCUCUCUGAAUCUGACCUGAUCCUUCUCUUUUUUCCAUUCUGGUGCGUAUACUUUGUUUACUACUUUAGAGUUAGCUAGGCUUACAUUAUGAAUAAACUCUUCUGAAUUCUUUUUGUUCUUGAAAAUUAAGAUUGUAGCUUCGGAUACUUGUAUAAGCAAAGUUGCAUGUUUGUUCUAUCAAUUAUGGUGUAAGCUUAAACUACAUGCGUGUAAAAAAAAGAAAAAAAAGGAAAUUAUCGUUUGGUUUUUUUUUCA